GCCGCUCUUCCUUUUGGACUCGAUGGUGGUCCUUACUCAAGGGGCGGGGCUGUGCCACCCAGGAGGGAGAGCUUGAAAGGCUCCGUUGCAUAGGAUGUGGGGACGCCGCCUGUUGCGCCUCAUCUCUGGCCCCCAGCGCCUGCUGAAAAGGGACUUGGACGGCUGGGUGCCAUGGCGGUUGGGUUUCAGGGCCGUUGGCCCAGGCCUGGCCUGCUGGCAUCACACAGCCCCAGAGUCAUGGAGCUGUGCCUGGCAGUUAAACCAGGAUCACUUGGAGCUGAAAUAUGGAGAAACCCUCAUGCGCUUUGACUAUGUCUGGCUCCGGGACCACUGUCGCUCUGCGUCCUGCUACAACACAAAGACCAACCAACGGAGCUUGGACACAGCCAGCGUGGACCUCUGCAUCCGGCCAAAGACGGUCAGAGUGGAUGAGACCACGCUGUUUCUCACCUGGCCCGAUGGCCACGUGACCCGGUAUGGUCUGGAAUGGCUGCUGAAGAACAGCUACGAGGGGCAGAAACAGCAGGUCAUGCACCCGCGCAUGCUCUGGAAUGCCCAGAUUUACCAGGAGGCCCAGGUGCCCUCCGUUGAGUGCCAGAGCUUCCUGGAGACUAACGAAGGCCUGAGGGAGUUCCUGCAGAACUUCUUGCUCUACGGGAUUGCCUUUGUGGAAAACGUUCCCCCCACUAAAGAGGACACUGAGAUUUUAGCAGAGAGGAUUAGCCUGAUAAGAGAAACCAUCUAUGGCCGGAUGUGGCAUUUCACCUCUGACUUUUCCCGGGGAGACACUGCCUACACCAAGCUAGCUCUGGAUCGUCACACUGACACCACCUACUUCCAGGAGCCCUGCGGCAUCCAGGUCCUCCACUGCCUCCGUCACGAAGGGACCGGGGGUCGCACGCUGCUGGUGGAUGGCUUCUAUGCUGCCGAACAGGUGCUCCAGCAAGCGCCAAAUGACUUUGAGCUCCUCACCAAGGUGCCGCUGAAACACGAGUACAUUGAGAACGUGGGGGGCUGCCACAACCACAUGAUUGGGGUUGGACCUGUUCUGAACACCUACCCUUGGAAUAAUGAGCUCUACCUGAUCAGAUACAACAACUAUGACAGAGCUGUCAUUAAUACGGUGCCGUAUGACACUGUACGCCGCUGGUACGCGGCACACCGGACUCUCACCACGGAGCUGCGGAGGAAGGAGAAUGAACUCUGGGUCAAACUGAAGCCAGGAAAGGCCCUGUUUGUGGACAACUGGCGGAUCCUGCACGGAAGGGAGUCCUUCACGGGUUACCGGCAGCUCUGCGGUUGCUACCUGACGAGAGACGAUGUGCUGAACACAGCCCGCUUCCUGGGCCUGCAAGCCUGAUGUGGUCGGAGCCUCUGCGGAUUGGGAGCUUCUGCCUCCAAAACAGGGAAGCCUUUGGUCUACCUCACAGACCGGGCCCCUCUUCGCAAGCGGGAGAGAGGUCCCACAGCGUUACUUGAUUGUCACUCCACUCGCACAGCCAUUGCCUUUCCUUCGCUCUGUCCUUCCCAAUUGCCUUGCUCCCUUGGCUUUGAAAGCCUCACUGGUUGAGCUGGGUUGAAUUGGGAGCGGUAUACAGGCCUAUAAUAGCACUUCAGAGGGCAGAACUUGUGCCUUUUCCUUUUGAAAGUAGUAACAAACUUGUCCUCGGUUAACCGCCAUUCAGCAUACAGGUAUUUUGGAGCGUAUUUGGACAUAAUCCAAGCGAGGCGUUUUUGGAAAUGGAGAAAAUAGUGUCCGUCUUGAAGGACAUGAAACUCUCCAGCAAAACAAGUAGAUAGAACUAUUUUCUUUUUCUUCAGUGUUCCAAAAAUACACAAGUGCCCAUUGCUCGAAGUUUAAGUUAGGCCUCUCUGCAUAUUUUGUCUUCUACUGAUGGCUUAAACUUGUCAUAUUGAAAGUGUCUCUAGGAAGCUUUUGUAGAAGAGCUGCCGAACUGGAGAGGGAAGUGGUGCUAAAAGAAUUCUUCCUUCCCAGUUCUGCAAAGAGUCAUUUUGCAAGUACAAUGCAUCUUUUUCCAGUUUUCUUUGUUAUGCCUUCCGUUCGACAUCUCCCAAACCAUACCUUGACUGCUCUUUCCAUUUUGGGGAGAAAGCACAGCAGCUGAAAUGUAUCUUUUCCUUGUUCUUAACUGCUCUCAAACCUAUUUUUUCUCUCUUUUGCCUUUGGAAAGGCUGUACCUUUCCAAACUGAGGGGUUUUCUUGGAAGGCCGCCCUGGAUAAUAAAACACACAAUAAGAAAAGGAAGCGAGAACUGAAUUCUGCACAAAGAUUGAGAAAUUUACUGUCUCACCACAAAAAACAUGUUUUGACCUACAACAUGUUGUGACACUCCAGAUAUUGUUGAUUGUAUCUCCUCAGCUUUUUCUGUGCUGCCUGAAAUUGAUGAGAGUCUGAGUCCAACAACAUUGUCCACUUUUUGCUUGAUUUUCCCAUUCAAGAGUCCAAAAUAUUUACUUCAAUUUGGUUGAAAUGGAAGUGA